AUGUCGCGGGAGCGCACAUUUGAAGAGGAAAAGGCAUAUCUUUACAGAGAUGCGAAGCAAAAACAAACUCUGCACAUUAAGAAGGGUUUUGUGCCCGGCAUGAAUGUGGCAGGGGAAGUGUUUGUGAACGACGCGCUCGAGGGUUUGCUGCUGGAAGAGCUGCGAGGGUUUAGCAGCAAAAAGGGUUUUGGGGGUUUUCUUCCUGCGGUCAAACAAGUCGCUAAUGUAGCGACUUUGCCUGGCAUUCUGGGCAAGAGUGUUGGCCUUCCGGACAUCCACGCAGAGGGUUUAGGGUUUAGGGUUUGUGCAGACUUGGAGUCGGCGUUGGAGUUGGGGGGCGAUUGGCUGCUGCGGCGCGGCUACGCCUGGACUGAAGACAAAGAGCACUGCGAGGAGAAUGGCCGCAUGUUAACAGCAGACCCUUCGAAGGUUUCAAUCAGGGCAAAGAAAAGAGGACUGCCGCAAAUGGGCACCCUAGGUGCAGGCAACCAUUACUGCGAAGUGCAGACGCAGGUUGUUGACGAGGUUUACGACGAGUUUGCUGCGAAGAAAAUGGGGCUGGAGAAGGACCAGGUGUGCGUGAUGGUGCACUCGGGCAGCAGGGGUUUGGGCCACCAAGUGGCCACAGACGCUCUUGUGGUGAUGGAGAAGUCCAUGGCGAGAGAUAACUUAAACCCUAUAGACAAGCAGUUGGCCUGUGCGCGCAUAGCAUCUCAGGAGGUUUGCAAACCCUAA